UAGUUUAUUCUCAACCUUGAAAGUUGGGAAGGGGAUUUCUCUCCUUCACCCGAUUAUCUCAAUUUAGAAAAACUAAACUUUCUAUACCCUUCGCACUUUCUUCGCCUUCGGCAUUUUACAUGCUUCGCAUAUUAUUUUUAAUAAAGACAAACCUUUAUUCUGCAUAACCUUGUAAUACUUUAUUAAGGCCCUUCCGUUCUUGUACACUUGCCGAGCAAGCUAGACGCGAAGCGACGAGGCUGUGUUCCGCGAACUUUUAUUCAACCUUUAGCGCCGGCGAGCCUUUGAGUCUAUCUUUUUUCGAGUCACUCAUUCAUACAGCAACAGGGAGCACGAAUAUUGAAUCUGAUACAAACCAACGCCGACUGCUACGACAUACUCCUCUGUGUAACAUUAAGCCACCGGUGACGAUUCAUGGCGCAACCAGCAAACCCCUCGAGCUCAGACAAGUGGAGUUCUCUCCUAUCACGGCUGAAUCCCAUCCCCAGCUUUCCAGAGUAUACCGGUCCGUACAAAGUCGGUACCGCCGAUGUUGAGAUUCCAGUUUCAGAGCUCGACUCCCCAGCUCCAGCGCCAGACAAUGCGGUCGAUAUCGAGACGAUCCAGUUCCGUAUAUUCUACCCGGCGCAUCCGGAAGCCCAGGGCAAGCGCAUUACAUGGCUUCCGGCUCCGCAGCGCGAUCAUCUAUCCGCCUACAUACAGUUCUUAGGAGUUGGGCAAUUAGUGGCACAAGCCGUCUCUUUCCUACCGAGACAUCUCCACUACACCUACAUACCAGUCGUUAAGAAUGCGCCGGUACUCGAGCCCAACACGCCGAACAAGCGAUGGCCGACGGUCAUCUUCUCGCACGGCCUCGGCGGCAGCCGGAACGCGUACUCGCAGAUCGUCGGGUCGCUCGCCUCGCACGGCGUCGUCGUCAUCUGUCCCGAGCACCGCGACGGCAGCGCCGUCAAAUCCUUCAUCCGGAUCCCGUCGCAGCAGGACCGGUACUUCGUGCGCAACACGCGGCGCGUCGUGCCCUACCGCCGCAUCGCGCACGACCCCAACGACGAGACGCACGCCCUGCGCAACGACCAGCUGCGCAUCCGCCUGUGGGAGAUGGGCCUCGUGCACGAGGCCUUGUUGGGAAUCGACGGCGGCGCCGCCCUGACGAACCUGAACAAGAGCACGCCCUCGCUUGCCCAUUUCGCCGGCCAGCUGCACGUUCGGGACCCGGGGAGCAUCAUCUUCGCCGGCCACAGCUUCGGCUCCGCCACCGUCGUCCAGUUCCUCAAGUCCGUCUUCUACGCCGGCCGCCCCGAGCUCGAGGCCAUGGCCGACCCGCUGUACGUGCCGGCCCGCGACUCCGCGAUCCGCAGACAGGUCACGCCGCGCAACGUCACGAUCCUCCUCGACAUGUGGUGUUUCCCGCUGCUCGCCAAGACCACGAAGCCGCUCUGGGACCUGCCCUUACCCGUAUACGCCUCCUCCGCGGGCUCCUCCUCGCCCACCUCUUCUUCUUCUUUUUCUUCUUCUUCCUCGCCACAACCCCCACCACCAGGCGGCAACGCGCUUCUCGCGAUAGAAUCCGAAGACUUCCACAACUGGACAGAGCACCUGCACGCGACAGCACGAGCGCUCUCGCCAGACCCAUCAGCGUCGCGCGUUCUCGCCACAGCAUUCUACGACUCUGACUCCGGCUCUGGGUCGGGCUGCGGGUCGGGGUCGGGCGUCAAGCUCGCCGAGCCGCACUUCUUCUUCGUCGAGCGGUCGGCCCACCUCAGCCAGUCCGACUUCGGCCUCCUCUUCCCCUGGCUCAUGUCCCGCGUGUACGGGUCGCAGGAGCCCGAGCGCGCGCUCCGGCUCAACCGCCGCGCGCUGCUGCAGCUGCUCCGCGCCAACGGCGUGCCGGUCGCGCGCACGUGGGCUGCGGACUUGGUGGAUGGUUUUGGGGAGGGGAAGAUGGUCGGUGGUGUGGCGAUGGGUGGGGAUGUUGGGGAGGGAGGCGCGGGCGCGGGCGCGGGGGUUGGUGCGAUGGAUGGCGGGGUUGAUGGCGGGGUUGAUGUUGAUGAGACGGAAGGGGAUGGGAGGGAUAGGGGCCCGGAGGAUGGGGUUCGUGAUGAUAGAGCGAUUUUCGAUCGUAGCGGGCAUGGUGUUGUUGAUGCGUGGCGCUGGAUUGAUAUCGUGGGGAUGGGUGACGCGGAAGCGGUGGCGGCGGUGGAGAAUGUCCACGGCAAAGACGAUAUUGAGCGCGCGGUAGAGGCGGGCGAUGAGGCGGCGGAGGUUCGGGAGCCGGAGAUGGCAGGCGCGAUUGAACCUCAUGCUACGGAGGGCGCGACGGCUGAGAGUCAUUGAAGGUCUAAAGCUAGCACCGAGGGUGAAUAUUAGGACUAGCAUGGUGUAAAAUGGUUAGACAACUAGGGUCUGGCGUUAAAUGGGAUUUGGGAAGUUGUCGUUUUUGUUUUAUUUUUUUUGGGAUCGACAUAGAGGGCAACGGAGUAAGGGAAGGUGUCACGAAAAAAGGAGUGGGUGCUAGGUUGGAAAACUUCUCGACGCUGUUCAUCGUAUGGCGUUUUAAGAGGGAAUAGGUCAAGUUGGACUUGUAUGGAUUCAUCGUGUAUCUAUAAUAGCGUAACCGCGAUGGUUUUGCAAAAUUAUGACUUGGUCGCUGGUUCAUUUCACGGAUUACUUGCUUUCGAUAUUUUAUAGUUAUAUGAAAUCUUCUGAUCAUAAGUUUGUAA